AUGCACCCAAAUCUGAAAAGUUCAUCUUCAUCCUCUUCAUUGCCAAAACCAGGGAAAUCAUCCCCAUUUGCUAUUAAAAAGAUCCCAUCGACAUCCACUUCUUCUGUCCAAUCGACCCUUUUAAGCCGCUCUAAAGGCGAGCCUUCAGAUGAAAGGAUCGUUUCUUUAAAAGCAAAAACAUCCAAAACCACCUCCCCCUCUUCAGAGGUAGUUCAUCGUUCCGUUUCCGGGUCGACGGUAGUGGUAUCAUUUGAAUCACCCAAAAGUGAGGAAAUAUCUAAUUCUAAAUCAAACACCGUUGAAAGCGUUGAGCAGGUGAUACAGUCUCUAUCUGACACAAGCAUCACUACCACCUAUGUGCCCCCACAUCUAAGAAAUAAAGAGCCAGCGACAAAAGCAUUCACAAAAACUCAACAGCCCUCUUCAUACGUAAAUCCUUACACUGGAGAAAGCUGUACAAUAUCUGAAAGUGGCAGUCGUUGGGACACUUUUGAAUCUGUCUCAUCUGCCGGAAGGAACCGAGAUAGGGGUCUCGGUAAAAAAGCAUCCACAUCUUCAACUUAUUUUGUUCGGUAUGAUACAAGGAUUCGGCCUCGAGAUCCCAUUUUUGAGACAAAAAUUUUUGGUGAGCGCCAUGUUGAUACCGGUAUCAAUUUUUCUAAAUAUGACGGAAUCCCUGUCGAUGCAUCUGGGAACAACGUCCCCACUCCAAUCGAAUCGUUUUCCACAGAGUGUGGAAUCCAUUCGCAGCUUCUUGAAAACAUUUCUCUCGCCGGAUAUUCCAAGCCGACACCCGUUCAGAAAUUUGCGAUUCCAAUUGUCACCAACAAGAAGGACAUCAUGGCAUGUGCGCAAACUGGCUCUGGAAAGACCGCUGCGUUCCUGCUCCCCAUAAUUUCAGAACUGCUUACUCAUGGACCAUCCACGGAUCUUAUUUCCAUUUCUAGGUCUCGCCCAUCGACGGCAUUUCCUCUUGCUUUAAUCCUCUCCCCAACUAGAGAACUUUCUGUGCAAAUUUUUGAAGAGGCCCUCAAAUUUUCGUACCGCUCUUGGGUCACUCCCUGUGUUGUUUAUGGGGGCACAGACAUCCGCACACAGAUUCAUACGCUAGCCAAGGGUGCCGAUAUUCUUGUGGCGACCCCUGGUCGCCUCGUUGACAUGAUUGAGCGGUCUCGUGUAAACCUUUCUUUUGUGCGCUACUUGGUGCUUGACGAAGCAGAUCGAAUGCUUGAUAUGGGCUUUGAGCCUGACAUUCGAAAAAUUGUUCUUGAAUGCCAGAUGCCACCAAAAGAAAGCCGCCAGACGCUCCUUUUUUCCGCGACAUUCUCUAAAGAAAUCCAAGCCCUUGCCAAGGCCUUCCUUUCAGAUUAUAUUUUCUUGAAGAUUGGCCGCGUGGGAUCUACCUCUGAAAAUAUUAUUCAGACCGUUGUAGAUGUUGAGCAAUGUGACAAAAAGUCAUAUCUACUCGACAUCCUUACUUCAACUCAGUCCCCCAAUCAUCGCACGCUGAUAUUUGUGGAGAAGAAGCGUGACGCAGAUAUCUUGGAAAAUGCCCUGGUCAGGGAAGGCAUUCUGGCUACUUCUAUUCAUGGGGAUCGUACACAGGAAGAGCGAGAGGCAGCUCUCCGCAAGUUUCGCUCAGCCGAACGCCCAGUAUUAGUGGCCACCUCGGUGGCAUCUCGCGGUCUCGAUAUCCCAGAUGUUAGAACGGUGAUCAUUUAUGAUUUUCCUAACGACCUUGAUGAAUACGUCCAUAAAAUCGGGAGAACAGGGAGAGUCGGUAACGUUGGCACAGCGAUCUCCUUUUUUUCGCAUGAAAAUGCCCCGCUUGCCUCUGGACUUUCCGCUUUGCUUAGAGAAUCACGUCAGCGAGUACCUGAGUUUUUGGAUCGCCUUUCGGCCAUUGCAUUCCGAACAGGAGUAAAUCAUCAUACCAAGAGAGGUCCUGGCCGCCAGUCCCGUAGCACUUCCGGUCAACCGUAUCAGCACCACACUCAAAUCCGGGCUUCAACGUCCUCAGCGUCUACGCAACGACUCUCCCCGUCUUCUUGGGACUUUUCUUCGACACGAACAGGGAACACGGGCUCCCAAUCACCACCACCACCACUGUCAUCUUGGGACGAUGACAUUGGAAAGGAAUCCCCGUCACCCGCUGGUGGUCUUCAAUGGUUCUAA